AUGGCCAGCCUCAUAGUCAUCGGCUGUUUAUUCCUCGUCAUUGGUGCUGCCUUGCAAGCCGCGUCCUUCAGCCUCGCCCAGAUGAUCGCCGGCCGAUUGAUUGCAGGCUUUGGCGUUGGCUUCGUAAGCUGCGCCAUUCCACUGCUCGCCUCAGAGAUUGCGAAACCCAACAGACGCGGUAUUUUGAUUGCUGCACUCUUCACGCUUGCAGUAGCGACCAUCUUCUUGCUCCCUGAAUCACCGCGAUGGCUGUAUGCUCGGGGCUAUGUCGAAGCGGCGAACAAUGUCUUGGCUCGUGUUUAUGACCAGACGGAGCAUUCAGAGCUGGUACAAGCAACCUACGCCGCACUCAAAAGCCGAGAGAAGGGCUUUCGGCUCUUUACUCAAUGCAUCAAGGCCAUGUUCUGGGACACGACCGACCUCAAGCUCGGCAGGCGAUUACGUCUGUGCUUUUUGAUUAUGAUGCUGCAGGAAAUGAGCGGCUUGAACGUGAUCGUUCCGUAUACAAACAAUCUGUUUGAGAUCGACCUGAAGUUCGACGCGCUAAAGUCCACCAUGAUUGCUUCCAUCAUUCAAGUCGCGUGGGCCGCUUUCACCACCUGCGGAAUGCUUACCAUAGAACGAUGGGGACGCCGACCGACACUGAUGAUUGGCACCACGAUUUGCACUCUCGGGUCUGUGAUAUCCCGCGCUAUUUCAACUAGUGCCGGCUGGGCAGGGAUGGUCAUGUUGAUCGUCUUUUUCUUUGGCUUCGCCUUCGGCAUGCUGCCCAUGAGCUGGCUGUAUCCUUCCGAGAUUCUGCCACUGCACAUGCGGCACGUCGGACUGGGCGUCGCGGGCGUCACGACUUGGCUCUUCACGUUCCUCACUGUCUUCACGGGUCCAAUAUCUUUCACCGCUACUGGGUACAAGAUCUUCAUUCUCUACAUCAUCUUCAAUGCGCUUGCAUUUCCCUAUGCGUACUUUCUGAUGGUGGAGACAAAGGAUAAGACUUUGGAGGAAGUGAACCUCGCCUUCAGUCCGGUCGCCGCUGCCAGCAUCCUCGGGCCCCAGGUGAUGGCCGGGACGCAUGAUGAGCAUGAUGAGAAGGCUCAGAUGAGCGGCCAAGUCGUCGAGAAAGAAUGGUGA